AUGGCGGAAAAUGAAAUAGUAGUCGAGGACCAAUCAGAGGAAGCGAUUCCGUCUUCUUCGGCUUCGUUUCCGGUGGAAGACGAAGCUGAGACCAAUCUCAAACACUUGGAUUUCGUCCAAACCGCGGCGAUUUACUUCGCUGUCUGUUUCUCCACGGUCUACGAGUUCGCUAAAGACAACGCUGGUCCGCUCAAACUCGGUGUCGAGAACAUCGAAGCUUCGGUUCAAACCGUUCUCGCACCAUUAUACGACAAAUUCCACGACGUUCCUUUCAAGCUUCUCCUCUUCGUCGAUCGUAAGGUGGACGAUGUGUUUUUCGAUGCAGGGACAUACGUUCCUUCGUUGGUGAAGCAAGCUUCUAGUCAAGCGCUCACUGUCGCGACGGAGGUCCAACGCGCAGGGGUCGUUGACACGACAAAGAGCAUCGCGAGGAGUGUUCGCGACAAGUACGAGCCAGCGGCUGAGUAUUACGCAGCGAGUGUGUGGCGGUUGCUUAAUCGACUACCGUUGUUCCCGGAAGUUGCGCAGUUAGUGAUCCCAACGGCGUUUUACUGGUCCGAGAAGUACAACGACGCAGUUCGUUACGUUGGCGACAGAGACUACUAUGUCGCAGAGUAUCUACCGAUGAUUCCUAUUGAGAAGAUCUCUGAUAUUUUGGAACAAGAACAGUGUCGAGCCGAGUACUGA